AUGGGUCCCACUCCAGACCACUGGCAUUCCGCUCCUGAAGUGGUCCCAGAAACAGGCCUGUAUGUUGUCAGAGACGACUUCCCAGAGCCUGUCAAUUCAGCAGACAUCAAUCACAACCAAUGGCCUCAACAUCCAGAGACAAACUAUCCAGAAGGGCAACAUCUAGGAGGGUAUUUUGCGGAAGGGAAAAAGGCACACCAUACAGAGAAGGAUCUUCCAGAAGCGGUCCCUCCUGAAGCGGUCCCUCCUGAAGCAGGCACCAGAAAAAGACUCUGGGGCCUCGCAUCUCGAACGUCUUGGAUCUUGUUCUCAAUCGCUGCCGUCGUGAUCGUGGGCGCCGCAGUCGGUGUCGGUGUCGGCGUCUCAAUAUCCAACCGAUCUCAGUCUACGGAGAGUUCCUCUGCAUCACCCGCCUUUUCCUCCACCACGACCCCAACCUCACUCGGGGUCGUAUCAACCAGUCUAUCCUCAAGCGCAAGCGACGCGCCGACAAUUACUAGUGCGCAGUCGACAACAUCCGUCACAACAACCGAUGUGGUAGGGCCGAGCUCGACACUAUAUCGCGACUGCCCAUCGUCGGAUAAAACACUGCAUGAUGUUACUUUUGGUAACGACACAUACGUGUUCCGAAAGUUCUGCAGCACGGUUCUCGUUUCCAUCAGGGGGGAAAACGACAACCUCGUAAGCACACCUUCGACAAACUUGAACUCAUGUAUCAAUGAGUGCGCCAAGUACAACUACAAGAGCGCUUCGGAGAUUGCUUCAGGUAAAAGUGACGCCUGCAACACCGUGUGUUGGUGGAACAACUUCAACACCCAAUACCCGGGCCAGUGCUGGGGCUUCACAACCCAGAAUUCGUCGGCGGGUGAAUUCCAGUUCGAGACGCAAUUGAUUUGUGACUCUGCUGGGUGGAUUAAUGAAACUUGA